GAUUAGUUUUCUAUCCCAUAUCGUGUUGUGCUAAGCUCGGAGUAAGGGUUCGUGUUGUGUCUCAGAGUAAGGGUUGAAGCUAUGGUGGGUUGGCAGAGGAAUCUGCAGUCCCUAAUCAGUCAUAUUGGUAAACGAGUAUCUGCUGCAAACUUUUCUUCUUCUUCUCAUUUUCAGAGACUCUGGAGACCAUCUCCUCAAACCAUUGCAAGGCCUCUUUAUCACUGCUUUCAGCACUUGGGGAUUUCCAGUUCAAGGAACUUGCUUGCAGACUCGUCUGUCGAAUCACCUCUUCAAUCUACGGUGGCUCCUGUCUCUGCAUCAGAUGGUGAAAGGAAUGAAGAACACAACCAGAAACCGCUCUCUAAACCUUCACAAGUUCAAUUUGUCUUAAAGGGCAUAAAAAUGAGCUCUAAUAAGGUCAACUUGGUUGCUAAACUGAUUCGUGGUAUGCGUGUUGAAGAUGCAUUGUUGCAACUGCAAGUGACAGACAAGCAAGCUGUAAAAACUGUGUAUCAGGCUCUUCACUCCGCCCGAGCAGAAGCAACAUAUAAUCAUGGGUUGGAUCCAGAACGUCUCCUUGUUGCUGGGGCAUUUGUUGGAAAGGGAUUCUUGGGAUUCCACAAGAACAGACUUUACUACCAUGGUAAAAGCAACAAUGGAACUAAAGUGAGACCAAACAACUACCAAUUGAUGGUGACGCUGAGGGAGAUUACUCCUGAAGAGGAGGGGGAGAUAGCCAGGCAGAGAGCCAACAAUUUUCUCUAUCUCACUAAGCGCCUCCGGCUCACUAAGAAGGAAAAUAAGUUUGUUCCUCGCCAGCUUAUCAGAAACCACAAAGGCAAAGUCAGUAGUAGUCAGCGAAGUGGUAUGACUUCAUGAGCAAGGUUCCUUCCCAUGCUUAAGCAUUCUGAAAGAGUUUUGAGACACAUUAGAGACCUCCUCCUUUGUCUUUUGGAGUUUAAUAAAAUUGUCUUGUAGAAAUGAGAAAAACCGAAGUGCCAGAGUAGGAGCAACCUUGUUUCAGUUUCUAAUAGUGGCUGCAUGUGGUUUUAAAUGCUUAGGUGUAGAUUAUCAUCAAAUCAUUUCUAUCUUGUUGCAUUGAGAAUAUAAUUUUGAAAUGAACUGUACUUCUUUCACCUUC